AUGACCGCCCCGCCCGGUUCCCGACGUACUCAUCUACCAGGCAUCAACCCUUCCGCCUCCUUCUUUCGCCCGUCCCGUCCGUCAUUUUCGCGACCGUCAUCGUCGUCGUCACAGCCAGACGAGCACCAGUAUGACUCAGAUGCUUUCCCACUUAAACGGCUUCACCCACUCGACGAGGACGACCACCCGCCAUUCCGCCCGACGUCCAAAUCGUCUUCCGUCUCUUCACCGAGCCCAGUUCCUUCUUCUUUCAACCCAACGCCGCCUCCGCUCCCUCUCAACUCAAUUGUCGCGACUGACCCCCUGACCCACCGUCCGAUUCGCCGUUACGCACAGCACCCUUCUCGCAAUCGAUUUUUCUUUCAUGGACGGCUUUUGACCAGUGGCGAUACCCCUUGGGCAUUCGCCGCUGCCCUAUGUAUAGUGUUCGGUAUUUCCGGGGCCUUCUUUAGUUCAACCGCUGUUUGGUGGUGGCACAAUGAAGGUCCAGGAGGUAUCGUGUUGGUGGUGAUAACUGCCUACCUCUCACUUGUAACGAUUGUCAGUAUGCUCGUAACGGCAUUCACUGACCCUGGCAUCUUGCCUAGAGGUCUGGAUGAAGACCCGCCAUACCAUGAAGUGGAAAGUGGAGAUGGCUUGCGCGCUCCAAUGCCAAGAAUUCUAAAAGUUCGGGCGGAUGUCGUACGUGUCAAGUAUUGCCCUACGUGUCGAACAUAUCGUCCACCACGAUCCACACAUUGCAAGCUAUGCGACAAUUGUAUCGACGGGUGUGAUCAUCACUGCCAGUGGGUAAAUAACUGUGUCGGUCGCCGCAAUUAUACAUCUUUCUUCACUCUGCUUCUUGCUGCCGCCACGACUCUCGUUGUCGUCAUUAUAUCUUCAGCUCUACAUCUCUUCUUCCUCACCCAGCGUAACGAUGUCAGUUUCCGGAAGGCCUUGAGCCACGGACAGGGUACAGGAAGCGCAGUGGCCUUUUGUUUAAGCAUCGCUGUCAUUUGGCCUGUUGGCGCGCUGCUGACGUAUCACAUGCGCUUGCUGCUGCUCAAUAUCACGACGAUAGAGCAGAUACGAAAUCAGGCUCACAAGACGCUCGUCCCUGGAGCUGCACCACCGAAUCCGUUCUCGCAUGGCUCGUGGAGGAGAAAUGUUGUUGCUGUGCUAUGUAGACCUAGAGGUUACUCCUGGCUUGAUCCCACGGGAGUCGUAUUAGAGGAUAGGAGAGAGGUCAAUCCUGGUAUGACAAUCGGGAUGGAUGCCGUCUAG